AUGGACCGUAUACCCCCGCCCCCGACAUACGAUGUUGCGGUUAAAGGCUUGUCCAUAGCAGUUCCUCCGUACAAGGCUUAUAUACCCACCCCGAUACCCAUUCCUAUCCCAGGGGCUCUCAUACGCUGGCAACAGAACCUGAGCAAGGCCAACAAUGAUGCUUCACAAGCGCAAAGUGAAGAUGGGCUCAUCGUCCGGAACGUAAACGCGCAAGUCAAUGCGGGAGAAAUGAUGGCGAUUAUAGGUGGUUCUGGUUCUGGAAAGACCACCCUGCUGCAUGCCAUUGCGUCGAAGCUCAAUGGUCUUCCAAUCGCCAGCGGCAGCGUUCUCGUUACCCCGCAUGAGACCGAGUCCACCGGCAAUCCGCGGGGAGGAGAGGGGCACUUCAGAGGGAUGAGCAAGAUCCUUGGAUUCGUCCGACAGAACGACUACCUGCUACCUCAUCUGACAGUUCGUGAGACCUUGGCGUAUGCCGCGAGCCUCCGGCUUCCCGUCUCGGUCGACGCUCAAACCCGUCGCCUGAUCGUGGAGCAGACAAUCCAGGAGUUGGGGCUUGCCGAGACAGCGGACACGCUCAUAGGUGGAUCCGGACGCAAGGGCAUCUCCGGAGGGGAGAAACGACGGGUGUCUAUCGGCUGUGUCCUCGUUAGCUUACCCUCUGUCCUCGUAUUGGACGAAGUGACCACGGGCCUCGAUUCCUUCACCGCAUUUCAGCUGCUGGAGACUCUCCAUGGCCUCGCUCGGCAUGGAAGAACAAUAAUACUAUCCCUUCACCAGCCUCGCUCGGAUGCAUUCCCUCUGUUCUCGAAACUGUUACUUCUCUCACACGGUUCGGUGGUUUAUUCUGGCGAGACCAAGGAGUGUUUGCCUCACUUUGCAUCUCUGGGCCUUGAACCGCAAGAUCGUACCAACCCUCUUGAUUUUCUGAUUGAUAUCUCCAGCGUGGACUAUCGAGAUGACGUGCAAGAACAGCAGAGUCGAGAGCGUGUAACGACUCUUAUAAGACGAUGGCGAGAAACGGAAGUCGCUCGGCACGAAAAGGAAGAACAACAUGGCCGAGGACCGCUGUACCGGCAAACGUCCGCAGGAUCUCUCGUUUUGGACGCCAACAGCGACCACCACGCUCCGCGAUCCAGCACCAGGCGACCUCAUGCUAUCAAACAGGCGCUCAUCCUGCUUCCCCGAGCAGGGAAAAACAUGAUCAGGGGUUACCCCGAGCUCUUUGGGCACCUCACUCAGGCCGUGGUCCUAGGUCUCCUCGUUGGGAUUACAUUCUUCCAGCUCGGCGGCAACCCGGCAGACAUACAGUCCCUCAAGACCCUCUGCUUCCAGCACAUGGCCAUCUUCUACUACAUGACCCAGGUUGUGUGGCUAUUCAAGUGGUGUACGACCCUUGUCGUGUAUGAUCGGGAACGAGACGACGGGCUUUAUUCCUCUUCCGCGUGGUUAUUCUCAGAAAUGGUCGCGUGGAUGCCUGUCAACAUCGCGGCACCUUCUAUAUACGCCAUUAUGGUCUACUUCAUAUGCAACAUGCGCCGGGACAAUCUCGCAGGCAAUCUCGGCGUAUUCGUUGCCGAGAACAUCCUCCAACAGAUGUGUUUUGUGGUUUGGGCGCUGUUCGCCGCUUCGAUGGAGCGGAGCUUCGCGCGUGCAUCUCUUCUGGGAAAUGGUCUCGCCAUAUUCUUCAUUCUGUCGACGGGAUUCUUCCUCGUUAACGUACCCGGGUGGAUACGCUGGUUCCGUUGGCUUUCGCCGUUCUUCUUCGGAUUCCGCAUCGUCGCCUUGUCGCAGUUUCGGGGACGCCAGUUUGACUGCGCGGGCAUCACUGGCUCGCAACUUGCUCAGUGUAAUGGAGACAGCGCUCUGCGAAGUUUAAGGAUUUCACCUGGUCAACCCAUCUAUCCGAUGUUCUUGGGUUUACUGGGCUUCUUCGUGGUGGUACUCGGCAUCUCGCUCGUCAUCCUCACAUUUUGGAAACCGGGAGGUGUCAGACAUGCAAGAAGAGUGGCGUCCCACUUCAAGGGCAAGGAUCAUGCAAAAGCGGAGAUAGAUUUGAUGCGCACCUCUGUGGAGGUCAAGGUCGAUGAUACACAACUGCGCCAUGUCCGUCGAGUUUUUCCUUCUGGGGACAAGGUCGAAACACCAAUUUUGGAUCACGUCAGUGCUACAUUCCGUAGCGGGGAGCUCUCAUGUAUAAUGGGACCUUCCGGCAGUGGAAAGUCUACAUUAUUGCGCAUGAUUUCCGGACGACCGAUGAAGUCGGGGCCUCUGAGCACUUUCGUCCCUGGAGGUACAAUCACCUUCAAUGGCGAGCCAAUCUCGCAUCGUAACCGGCAUCUGUGUGCGUUCGUCGAACAAGACGACGAUUACCACAUGCCUGCGCUCACGGUCCGCGAGACUCUACGUUAUGCAGCGAUAUUGAAGUUGCCCAAGACCGUGAGCCGGAAGCGCAAAUUGGCCAGGGCGGAAGAAGUACUCAAGAUGCUCGGUCUUCGUGAUUGCGCUAAUGGCAUGGUGGGCGGAGAAUUGCUGAAAGGCAUCUCUGGAGGAGAGAAGCGCCGUCUGUCCUUGGCUUGCGAGAUGAUCAACGAUCCUGCUGUCCUUGUCGUGGAUGAGCCUACGAGCGGUUUGGAUUCCUACACUGCGCGGAACGUCAUGGAGGUGCUUCGCGAGAUCGCCCGUAGUGGGCGAACCGUCAUCGUUUCUCUCCAUCAACCACGCAGCGACAUCUUCCAGAUGGCGGACAACGUCAUGCUCCUUGCUAAACACGGGCGGGUGGUAUAUCAAGGCGCCCGCGACCAGAUCAUCCCUCACUUUGCGGUUGCCGGGUUCGUCUGCCCUCCUCUGUUCAACCCUCCGGAUUACUUUUUGGACAUCAUAUCGGUGGAUGUUCGCAGUGACGAAAAGCAGGGGCAGACUCGGGCACGGGUUGAAAAUCUCAUACAGUAUUGGCGCAACCACGAGGCCAAGGCAGUGGAAGGUUCACCAGAGCCCGAGGUUCGGACUACGAAGCCGGAAGAUACUGUAGAACAGAAGCGUCAGGAACGAAGCCCCAUAUACAUUGCUUUACCCGUAGUGCUCGAGCGGUCAUUCCGGAACGCAUGGAGGCUACAAGAUAUCUUUUGGACGCGCCUCAUACAAGCUCCGUUCCUUGCGAUUUGUUUCUUCAUCUUCUUCCUUCGCCUUACCAAAGGCCCUCCUGGAGCACAAGACCGGAUUGGGAUUGUUGCCGAAAGUACAUCCGCCAUACCCUUCGUCGGAUUCCUCAACCUUGCAGCCUUAUAUCCGAUGGAGAAGACGGUCUUUUUCCAUGAUUACAGAUCCGCAGGUGGGGGAUACUCAUCGGCAACCUUCAUAACGAGCUUCUCCAUCUUUGCCAUCGUCCCCGAGCUCUUGGCUGCGCUGCUCUACGCCGUCAUCAUCAACGUUGCCACAGGGAUGCAGACCAAUGCACGCAUCUAUUUCGAGUUUGCAAUUGGAAUAUGGGCUCAGCUUAACUUCGGCGAGUCGAUCGGAAUCAUGUUCGCCAGCUUUUUCGAUACAAUGGGAUUGUCAGUGUCCCUCGUUUCCGUGUUCUUGACGAUCGCGAGUCAGACGAGCGGUGUUUUCUCCGCAAGCAUCGCCCAGUUUCUCGACGACAUAGCAUGGAUCUUUCCAAUGAAGUAUUCUGCGCGCGUCUUGCUCACCAAUGAGAUGCGAGGCCUGACAUUCCAUUGUACGGAGCAGACCAUUCAAAGCGGUGUCUGCGUCGCCGCGACAGGACAACAAGUUCUGGAUCUGUUUGACUUCCACGACUCGACCUGGAAAUUGACCAUCAUCAUGGUCGCUGUUACGGUUGGCUACCGCCUACUAGCGUGGCUAGUCCUGGCGUUGAGGUAA